AUGCUACAGUCAGGCCUCCGAGUUCUGGCCUCGACGAUAAGAAGUUCGAAAGCACGUCUCCCGUUCACGUUUCCAACACGCCGUUUCGACAACCGUGACAUCGCCGUCGCGAUGGACUACAAUAAGAUCCUGCAGGGGAAAUACCCCGCGAAGCAGCACGCGAAGCGCGUGAGCGACUACAUUCGCGACAAAAUUCCGAACGCUACAGGUGUAUUGUACCUCGAGGGCCGUGCCACCAAGAUGAUUGAAGACAACGAUAGCGAGGAGCACUUCCGACAGCGUCGCUAUUUCUACUACCUCACCGGAUGCCCCCUUGCCGAUUCAUACGUCAUCCAUGACAUGGACUCGUCCAAGACAACACUAUUCAUCCCACCCGUUGAUCCCGAAAGCGUCAUUUGGUCUGGUCUUCCUGUCUCCGCCGAGGAGGCCCUCAGCCACUGGGACGUGGACGAAGUCAAAUACACAAACGAAAUCAACGCAACACUUGCCCAUGUCGGUGCCUCCAAAGACAACGCCACGCUUUAUGCCAUCCCCAACCAAGUCUCCGAGAAGGUCACCUUUCUCGAGUUUGACCACAAAAACUUUUCCAUUUUGAAGGAGGCCAUUGAGGUCACCCGUGUGGUCAAGGACGAGUACGAGAUUGCCAUGAUCGGCAAAGCCAACCAGAUAAGCAGCAGGGCCCAUGAGUCGGUCAUGAAGAAGGUCAAGCACGUCAAGAAUGAGCGCGAGCUCGAAGCCGUGUUCCUAGCAGAGUGCAUCUCCAAUGGGGCCCGUGAUCAGGCAUAUCACAGCAUCGUUGCCGCUGGUCGGGCUGCUGCGACGCUCCAUUACGUUGCCAACAAUGCCCCUUUGGAUGGCAAACUGAACCUCUUGUUGGAUGCCGGCGGCGAGUGGAACUGCUAUGCUUCCGAUAUCACGAGAACAUUUCCCAUUAAUGGCAAAUUCACCACGGAGAGCAGGGCCAUCUACGACAUCGUCCUCAAAAUGCAGCUUGAAUGCAUUGCUGCACUGAAGGAAGGUGUUGUGUGGGAUGAUGUCCACACCUUGGCCCACAAGAUUGCCAUUGAUGGGCUGUUGGAGCUUGGCAUCUUGAAAGGUGACAAGGAGGCCAUCCUGGAGAGCCGUACAAGUGUCGCCUUCUUCCCCCAUGGGCUGGGACACUAUCUCGGCAUGGACACACACGAUACUGGCGGCAAUGCCAACUAUGCCGACAAGGACACCAUGUUCCGCUACCUCAGGGUGAGAGGGACUCUACCGGCCGGAAGUGUCAUCACGGUUGAGCCGGGUCUUUACUUCUGUAACUUCAUCAUCGAACCCUUCCUCAAUGACCCCAAGCACUCUCAGUACAUUAACCGUCCAGUUCUGGACAGGUAUUGGGAUGUGGGCGGUGUACGCAUCGAGGACAAUAUCGUCAUCACCAAGACGGGGACACAAAAUCUUACCACAGCCAUCAAGGAUCCUGAUGAAAUGGAGAGACUGAUUGCGUCCAGUUAG